AACCCUAAUUAGUUUCAUUUCUCAAGCCAUAGUAAUUUUGUGAUUUUUCUUCAGGGCGGCUCGAAUCCGUCUUGUUCUCGUUCAAUCUCGCAAAAUUUCGAGCUUGUUCCGUCCGUGGAAGGAUUUCGACCGAAAAGAUUUGAUUUUUGUAUAAAAACUUUCCAAAGAUCCGAUCUUUUUCAGAUCUUUGAAAGUUCAUAAUGGGGAAAGGAGGAGGUUGCGUUCCGAGCAAGCAGAAGCGAUCUCAUAAGCAAUCAAGCAACCCAAACAGCGCCAAUGACCAUGCCCCAAUCUCUAUGGAUGAAUCCACUACCCAAUCCUCUACCCCUUUUCAAAACCUAACGUCUUCAUCCCCACCCAAUCUCAAAAUCUUCAUCAUCUUCUACUCGAUGUACGGACACGUCGAGCUCCUGGCCCAAACAAUCAAGAAAGGAGUCGAUUCCAUCGAAGGUGUUAAAGGAAUUCUCUAUCGAGUCCCCGAGACCCUCUCGCCUGAGGUUUUGGAACAGAUGAAGGCGCCGGAGAAGGAUGAGAGGAUUCCGGUUAUUGCCAAUGUGGCGGAGCUCGAGAAAGCUGAUGGGUUCUUGUUUGGGUUUCCGACGAGGUAUGGGUCGAUGUCUGCACAGAUGAAGGGUUUCUUUGAUUCGACAGGGCAGUUGUGGAGGGAGCAGAAGCUUGCGGGUAAGCCGGCAGGGUUUUUCGUUAGCACGGGGACACAGGGUGGAGGGCAGGAGACUACUGCGUGGACUGCAAUAACCCAGUUAGCUCAUCACGGAAUGCUCUUUGUUCCCAUAGGCUACACCUUUGGUGCCGGUAUGUUCAGAAUGGAUGACAUCCGAGGGGGGUCUCCAUAUGGUGCCGGAGUCUUUGCAGGAGAUGGAACUAGAGAGCCCAGUGAUCUUGAGCUAGCUCUUGCUGAACACCAAGGCCAAUACAUGGCUUCUGUAGUCAAGAGGCUUGUGCAUCCUUGACCUUGGCCAUUCAUUGUGUUUCAUUGUUUGAUAAUGCUCGCAUGAUUUGUGAUUUUUAUUUUUAUUGUUUCUUUUUUUCGUUCAUAGAGGAGAGAUGACUUGCAAGUAGCAUGAUUUUUGUUGGGUGUUGGUUUGUAAUUAUCUGCAUUAGUUCAGUUAUUCUUCAUUUGUAAUAGAUUGGGUGUGCUCAUGAAUAAGCUAUAUGCAUUUGAUGAGUUGAAUUGAAUAAAUGGGCUCAAUACAAUAGCAUA